AUGGGUUCUCUCCCGGAUGCGGCUCCAGGUCUCGACUUCGAAGAGACCAAAGUCCCGGCCCUCGUCUCUGGCUUUGUCCUGACCUGGGUUUUCGGGGCUGCUAGUGUCUGUCUGCGCAUCAUAUCCCGAAGACUUUCUCAGAGCCGGCUCUGGUGGGAUGACUGGCUCAUUAUCGCUUCGCUGCUAUUCUCUGCCGCGUUCAUGUUUGACAUGACCUGCUACAUGACUACUCGCGGUGGCUUUGGCAAGCAUAUCUGGGCUGCACCGCUGGACGGACUCAUGGUUUACUUUCACGGCUUGUUUAUCGCCGAGUACGUGUAUACUAUGAGUAUUGUCUUGGUCAAGUGGUCCAUACUUGCUUUUUACUGGCGGAUUUUCGGCUCGGUGGGCUCAACUCGAUUACCAAUCUGGAUUUUAUUUGGCAUUAUUUCAUCUUGGGGUAUCGCCGUUAUUCUCGUUUCGACUUUCCAAUGCAUGCCCGUGUCGGCCUUUUGGCUUAGGUUCGACCCCAACGGCGGUAGUGACAUGACAUACAAAUGCCCAGUUGAUGUCAGGAUGUUCUUUAUUGCCAAUGCAAUACCGAACAUCAUCACCGAUAUACUGUUGCUUCUCGUUCCUGUCCCGGGAAUCUGGAGCCUACAACUGCGCAACGCGCAGAAGAUGGCAGUCUUGGGCAUCUUUGGCCUCGGUCUAUUUGUUACCGCCGUGUCUUUCGUCCGGCUGUACUACGUGGUUUCGCUCGACUUCACCGACAUAGAUGUCACCUGGAUGUUUAGCGAAGAGAUGAUGUGGACCGGAAUCGAGGUCAACGUUGGGACCGUCUGCGGUAAGUCGGGCAAGCACCCGCCCGAGAAUGUCGCCCUGAUUUAUCUCUUAGCUUGUCUUCCGUCCUUGAAACCUAUAUUGAACCUAGCCAUAUACGGCGCAGCUCAACAUAGCACGCCAAAAGCCUACGGGGGAAGUCAAGGUCUGUCGGGAAUUAUGACUAUUGGCGGUUCUGGAGAUCCUCGCGGGCGCGACAGGGCUGUGUGGCUGAAUACGCCCAACGACGAUGCUGGCAGCUCAACCUCGAUUGUACUCGCUCCCUCUAAGUACCAAGGUGAUGCGCAUCCGUUUUCGUCAUUGACGGACAACGAGUCAGAUUUGUGGCGGGAUCACGGAAGCCACGAUUUGGAGAUGGAUCAGAUGGCCAGGGCCGACGAGGGAAGACGAGAGCGAGUGUGA